CAGUUACCGAUGAGUCCAGUUCGAUAUACUAUUUCCACGCGGAACCACCCACCUCUAGUCCUUUUCACUUUAGCGAGGCGAAAUUGUCACAUUUACAUUUGACAAAAUUCGUCGACGACACCCCCGCAGACAGCAACAACAACAGUAACAGCACAGCAACAACAACAGCAAACAGCCAAGAUGCCCAAGAAUAAAGGAAAAGGUGGCAAGAACCGUCGUCGUGGUAAGAACGAGAACGAGUUCGAAAAGCGUGAACUGAUCUUCAAGGAGGACCAGCAGGAGUACGCGCAGGUGACCAAGAUGCUGGGCAACGGUCGUCUGGAGGCAAUGUGCUUCGAUGGCGUCAAACGCCUGUGUCACAUUCGGGGGAAACUUCGCAAGAAGGUGUGGAUUAACCAGGGCGAUAUCAUUUUGGUGGGAUUGCGUGAUUACCAGGACUCGAAGGCGGAUGUGAUCUUGAAAUACACUCCGGAUGAGGCCAGAAAUUUGAAGACGUACGGAGAGUUCCCCGAAUCGGUGCGCAUCAACGAGACGGUCACAUUCGUGGAGGAUGGCUUUGAUGAGGACAUCGAGUUCGGCGAUGAGAUCAGUUCGGAGGACGAUGCUGACUCCGUGGACAAUAUCUGAUUAACAAGAAACAAAGUGACGCCGGGAGGGACGACAACGGCGGGAGCGUCUGGAACGUCCGCCUCGGCAGCACAAGCAGCAGCAGAGUCAGUUCGAGAAUAGUAGGGAAUUUAACCAAUUGUAAAAAGCAGAAAGCAAGUAGCCGCGAGUCCUGACUACCGUGUCGAGAUCCAAGCAAACCAUCCAAUAUCCAACAUCCACAGAGCGGCGCAGCGUCAUCAAAAUAGCAAAGAUACAAACAACGGAAACCAAAACUAUAGUAUCAGUUCAUUUUUUAGCCACCUUUAAUGUUCAAUAUUCUCUUAAAUUUUGUUAAAUUUGAAAUUCAAGUGGGUUGCAAAAUUCAAAUGGUUUGGUUUAUAGCCACCUUAAACAACAAAUUUUGAAAGAAAACGAUUAGUAAGAACUGUUACACUGUGCAUCUUUGCUAAACAUAAACUUAUUUUAUUUGAAUUAAAAAGUAAAGAAAAAAACAAAGAAAAACAUGGAUAUUAGUUAUUAUUUACCCAACAAAUCAAUCAAUCUAUAUGAAAAAGCAACAAAGAAAAUAUACAAAAUUUUAAUGAAAUCUAAAACUCAUAAAUAUAAAAUAGGAGUUUAGCGAACACUAAUGUUUAAGGCAAAAGGGAAGAUUAUAGUAAUGAACAAUAGACAGCGAGAAGAGGUUAGAGUUUCGAUUGUAGCUAGAGAGUAAGCAAAAUCAAAUCCAUGAGUUUUCGCCAGAAAUAUCUGUGCUCCAUCCCCAAGUGUUCCUUCUCAGCAUUUCGUCUCAUUUCUUGUUUUCUUUAUUAUAUACCUUUGUUAUAAAUCUUGAUGAUUUUUCAUCGCAGUAUCAUAUUCCAAACCCCCCUUUUGUUUUUUGCUGUCCAUGCAUUCAGUUUUCUCUUUUUAGUUGUAAUCUAAUUCGAACCAAAACGAAAGAUGUGUAAAAAGUAAAGAAAAUAUUGAUUUUUGUAAUGAGUUGAACUCCAAUAAAUGGCGUUGAUUAACCCGAAUGCAAAACAGCAAA